AUGAGGAACCAUGUGCAGAGUUUGGUACGGGAGGCAAAGAAGACAUAUUAUAUAUCCAUUUUUAGUCAAGAGGAUAAUGCAGCUGUCAUAUGGAGCAAAUUAAGACAUCUUGUUCAGGUGGCACAGGAUGGGGACAGCGAGACCAGUCAACCGGAUAGGAUCUUUGAUGAUGGUAAACUGUAUUUCACGUACGCAACGCCGAAAAUUAUAGCUAAAGCUUUGGCUAGGAUCAAGUCAAAUGCAGUCGGUUCUGAUGCUCAAUACAUUAAUACCAUUGAGCUUGACAGUUUACCGAAUGUCAUAGUUAAUGAGGCGGUGGUUCAGUUCACAAGUGACGUGAAAUAUCUUGGAGUACGUGUUACCAAUACUCUGGCCUGGGAAAAGCAGCUGGAUUACUGCUGUGCGGCUUAUACGGAUAUGACAGAGGAACAGAAUUUACGAUUAUAUAGAGCUAUGAAUGCCUGUAUAAGAUUCGUGUUUGAGACUAGACGAGAUGAGCAUAUUACGCCAUAUUACCAGAAGCUGGGCUGGCUCAAAGUGGCUGCGAGACGAAGCUAUUUUGUAGGAUGUCAGCUAUACAGCAUCAUAUUUUCACAUCAACUUGGUAUACUCUACGAUGGUCUAACAUUCAGAUCAGCGGUGUCUAGUAGGAGCACUAGAGCGGCUGAUGAUCUUCUUUCUCUGCCUCCAUGUAGAACUGAGUUUUACAGGCGCUCCUUUAAAUUUAGUGCUGCUAAGCUGUGGAAUGACUUGCCACCAGACAUUCGAGGGACAAAUAAGAACUAUAUACGCACGUGCUUUUCGACGUACGGACACGUCCACGCUUGCCGUUUCGUUUACCGAAAUCAAGGGUUCAAUAACUGUGCGUUCGUCACGUUUACCAAAGCGGCAGAUGCAGCGACAGCGAUGCGAGACGGGAGUAUAACGUUGCACGACAGACAUUUAACGGUGAGGCCCGCAUAUUCUUGGUAUCAACCUGACAGUACGGAGCAGACGUUCAUGUACGCGAUGGUGGGAAAUGAUGGGGACUCGACCGAAACUGGCGAAACACAGCUCAGCACAGAACAAUACGUUCACAACGAUCGUCUGCCGAACGACACCGAAAAUGUAUCGAUCCAUAUGCUGAACGACCAUUGCUUGAAACAUAUCUUCCAGUUUUUGCCAAUCGUAGAUAGAGUCCGCAUAGAGAUAGUUUGCAAGCGCUGGAGACGCGUAGUCAAAAAUUCGUGGCAUACCACCAAGACGUUGGAUCUUUCGCCAUCUACGUGGGGUAUCGCGUACACCCAUACCAUCCCUACGGUCGUACUUCGCAAAAUAUUGCUCAAAUGUGGCAAAUUCUUAACGCGAAUAAAUCUAAACGACCCAAAUAAUUCUCUGAGCGAAGACACGUUGACCGUUAUCGGGCAACUUUGUCCUAAUCUAAGGAAUAUCGACGUUACCGCGCUUACAGUUUCCGCGUCAGAGAUACGCGCGUUAGGAAAACGUUGCAGAAACAUUACCGAGCUUCGUUUAGGAACACUUACGUCCAAAUGCGACAGCGAGUUGAAGCGUUUGUUCGCGCUGAAUGAAAAUUUUCGAUAUCUUGCGAUAACGGGAAAUUUCAUUUCGGGCAAAUGCUUAUUGUUCUUACCAGCGCAAACUAUGCGUACAAUUAUAUUGGACCGUUGCUACUGUCUUGGGGACGCUCACCUUUCAACGGCACUGAAGAAUCUCGAAAAUUUGAAACAUCUAGCGAUAAGCAAAUGUGCCCGUAUAGCUGAAGGCACGUUUCAAGUUGUCGGUCAGCAUUGCAAAACUCUGACAACAUUGGAGCUCAACGGAAACUUUCCUUUAGCACAAACGACGGAUAUGUCGCAUUUAAAUCACCUUGUCGAUCUGCAAGUUUUAAAAAUCACGCACAAUCCUAAGGUAUCGGACCAUUUCCUCAUCGGUUUGGUACAACAUUGUCAGCAGCUUACCAACGUAGACAUUACGGGUUGCCACUACGUGACCAAUGUCGGAUUAACGGCUCUCGCCUCGUUGGCAAGACUCGAUAAAUUAGUCGUCAGUUAUACGCGUCUACUUACCGACGACGGCUUGGAAAACGUGCGUGGCCUAAAAGAAUUUGAGUGCCGAAGAUGUCUAUUUAGCGAUCGGGCCGUGACAACGCUCAUCCGAUCCUCGCCUGAAUUACGAUUGUUGGAUUUCUUUGGAUGUAAGAAUAUCACGGACUCCACUCUUGAGGUUGCCAAAGACGUUUGUAGCGGUCGAACCAACAACGUGACGUUGAACAUGAUCUGUGGAGGAACGGGCGGAAUUCUCGCCAAGAAAAAAAUAGGUCGAGAGAAAGUGCCUACGCUGUUAAAUUUAUAUUCAAACAGUCUAUAUGCCAAGUAA